CGUAACACCCAUUCGCGCAGCGGUUAUUCUUCCGAAGAAGAAGAGGAGGAAGAGGGUGAGAAACGUUGGAUAGGUGUCGACAGGAGUGAUAUUGCCAUUCCAAGAAUUGAACUACCUGCCUCUUCCGCACCGACGUCUGGAACACCAACGCCACCACUACCGUCUUCGCCCACUCAGCCGCAGUCUUCAUUACAGUCUGACCAAGAUGCAGUUGUGGGCUCCUUGGGUGCCUCUAUUCGGGCUGGAGUAGGCUCCACGUUGGGUGGAAUUGCGGGUGUAGCAGCUGCAGCUGCAACACAGCAGGGCAAGCCUCUGAAUCUUACCAAUCUUGCGUUGGCAGCGCAGACCAAUGCUCGCAAGCGACCAACCUCCCGGGCACAAGCGGCUGGAGCGAGGCCUCAGAGGGCCCUCUUUUGCCUCAGUCUACGAAAUCCGCUUCGAAAAAUGUGCAUUGGCAUCGUUGAGUGGAAGUAUCCUUUUGGCAUGUUUUUUAAGAACUUUGCUUACUGA